CUUGCUUCUAUCUUGCGCACACAAGUGCCUCCUUCGCUUCACUCUUUUCCUAUUUUCGGUGCGCUCACCACGGCCUCGGAGCCGACCCGGCCCUCGCAGAGCUUCGACCCCCUGAAAUCGGAUCGGCGAACCCACACGACUCGCUCAUCGCGUCCUCGAUCCUCAAUAACCACUCGACCGCCAAAGCACGAUUGAUCCGGCUGAUCCGUCGCCAUGGCCGUUGCGAUAAACGACCGCACGGCGGAAUUCCGUCACGUCGUCUUGGCUGCGCAGCGCAAACAGGCGGCGAAACCCGGCUCACAACGGUUCCUUAGCGAUGCGCAAAAACACGCCGCGGGCGGCGGUGCGCAGCCCCGGCGCUCCGAGUUUGCGCGGCAUGCAGCAGAAAUUGGGAGGGGGAUCUCGGCGACGAUGGGGAAACUCCAGAAGCUGGCGCAAUUGGCCAAGAAGCGGUCGCUCUUCGACGACAACCCGGUGGAAGUGAACGAGUUGACCUUCAUCAUCAAGCAAGACCUCUCUCGGCUCAACGAAGACAUCCGGAAUCUUCAAGCGCUGUCAAAGCGCCUGCACCCGAAACCGGAUCAGGAAGGGGAAAACAACAAAAAUAUCCUGCUGCUACUGCAGGGGAAGUUGGGGGACGUCAGCGCAAGCUUCAAGGACGUCUUGGAGAUUAGGACAAAGAACAUCCAGGCAUCGCGAUCACGGACUGAAGCAUUCGUAUCGACGGUCGGACAGCACGCCCACGCUGCCUUACCGCCCUCGGCGUCGCCACUAUACGGCACUCCGCACAGGGGCACACCUUCCCCCGGCGCCGACCUGAUAUCGCUCAAUCCCAUGGGCGGGGACCAGCAAUUGCAGCUCCAGAUGAUGGAAGAAGGCCAGAACUCGUACAUCCAACAACGAGGACAGGCCAUCGAAGCAAUAGAGUCGACCAUCAACGAACUCGGGUCAAUCUUCGGGCAGCUUGCUGCCAUGGUGAGCGAGCAAUCUGAGAUGAUCCAGCGUAUCGACGCGAACACGGAAGAGGUGGUGGACAACGUUGAAGGGGCACAAAAGGAGUUGCUGAAAUAUUGGUCUCGGGUCUCGAGCAACAGAUGGCUCAUAGCCAAGAUGUUUGGCGUCCUGAUGGUAUUUUUCCUCCUCUGGGUGUUGAUCGCCGGGUAGAGAGGCCAUGCUCUGCGUCUUCUUUUUCUCUUGUCGCAAAUCUUGUUGCGUCACGAUAGACUACUUUACGGGAGAUAUUCGUAAUAUGGGUUCAGCACCACGACAUUGAGAUGGCGGCGAUUCCUGAGAUGUGGGUGGACGAGGGUUUGGGGUUUUGUUUCUUUUGUAUCAUUAAGGAACAGCCGAGGCUGAGCUGUUGGCGCUCGAAAGGGAAUACUGGUCAUGUUUGAUUCCGAGUCGCAGGCACCAUUUGGUGUUGCAAGAUGCGAUUUUCACGCCUGUUACAUUCGCACGUGGUAGAGCAAACAACAGGUUUCAAAGGUGCUGCG